GCAUCAGAGAGCAGGAUGGAGAAUCCACUGGCGGGCUGUCCUGCGCCCUCUCACGCUGAUCCCUCUUCCUCUUGCCUCUGCACAGGCACCAGGAGAACCGUUCGCAUGGGCCACACCUUCUUCCCUGGCUACAGAAAGACCCUGCUGGGUCCGGAGGAGAUCCUGCUUGCUAUCGAGAUCCCCUACAGCAGGGAGGGUGAGUUUUUCUCAGCAUUCAAGCAGGCCUCCCGGCGAGAAGAUGACAUAGCCAAGGUGACCAGUGGCAUGAGGGUCCUGUUCAAGCCAGGAACCACCCAGAUAGAGGAGCUGGCCCUUUGCUAUGGUGGAAUGGCUGACAGAACCAUCUCAGCCCUCAAGACCACUCGGAAGCAGCUGUCAAAGUUCUGGAAUGAGGAGCUGCUGCAGGACGUGUGUGCAGGCCUGGCGGAGGAGCUGCAACUGGCUCCUGACGCCCCUGGUGGCAUGAUAGAGUUCCGGCGCACCCUCACCCUCAGCUUCUUCUUCAAGUUCUACCUGACGGUGCUUCAGAAGCUGGGCAAAGUGGACUCGGAAGAUCAGUGUGGUAAACUGGAUCCCACCUGUGCCAGCGCCACCUUACUCUUUCAGAAAGACCCUCCAGCCAAUGUCCAGCUCUUCCAAGAGGUGCCCAAGGGUCAGUCUGAGGAGGACAUGGUGGGCCGGCCCCUGCCCCACCUGGGCGCAUCCAUGCAGGCCUGCGGGGAGGCCGUGUAUUGUGACGACAUCCCUCGCUAUCAGAAUGAGCUGUCCCUCCGGCUGGUCACCAGCACCCGGGCCCACGCCAAGAUCAAGACAAGGCUGCUGAUCAGACUCCUUGUGGAAUUGUCUUCCACAUUGGUUUGGUGUAUCACUAAGUCACUAGGCACUUGGCAAGUACACUCUCUCCUUAAGCAAACUCACCUCCUGUGCAACCAGGACUCACUUGGGAGUCAUAUUGCUUCCCCAGGUGAGUUUUACAUUGGUGGCCAAGAGCACUUCUACCUGGAGACUCACUGCACCAUCGCCGUCCCGAAAGGCGAGGCAGGGGAGAUGGAGCUCUUUGUGUCUACACAGAACACCAUGAAGACCCAAGCCUUUGCUGCAAAAGUGUUGGGGGUUCCAGCAAAUCGAAUUUUGGUCCGAGUGAAGCGACUUGGAGGAGGCUUUGGAGGGAAGGAGACCCGGAGCACCGUGGUGUCCACGGCAGUGGCCCUGGCUGCAUACAAGACCGGCUGCCCUGUGCGCUGCAUGCUGGAUCGUGAUGAGGACAUGCUGAUAACCGGCGGCAGACAUCCUUUCUUGGCCAGAUACAAGGUUGGCUUCAUGAAGACGGGGAGGAUUGUGGCUCUGGAGGUGGAUCACUACAGCAAUGCUGGGAACACCCUUGAUCUCUCUGAGGCUAUAAUGGAUCGAGCUCUAUUCCACAUGGACAACUGCUAUAAAAUCCCCAACAUCCGGGGCACCGGCCGGCUGUGCAAGACCAACUUGCCCUCCAACACGGCCUUCCGGGGCUUUGGGGGGCCUCAGGGGAUGCUCAUUGCUGAACAGUGGAUGAGUGAAGUUGCAGUGACCUGUGGGCUGCCUGCAGAGGAAGUGCGGAGGAAGAACAUGUACAAGGAAGGGGACCUGACACACUUCAACCAGAAGCUCGAGGGGUUCACCUUGACCAGGUGCUGGGAUGAAUGCCUGGCAAGCUCCCAGUAUCACGCCCGGAAGAGUGAGAUUGACAAGUUCAACAAGGAGAAUUGUUGGAAAAAGAGAGGAUUGUGCAUAGUUCCUACCAAGUUUGGAAUAAGCUUCACAGUUAGUUUUCUGAAUCAGGCAGGAGCCCUGAUUCAUGUGUACACAGAUGGCUCUGUGCUGCUGACCCAUGGGGGCACUGAGAUGGGCCAAGGCCUUCACACCAAGAUGGUCCAGGUGGCCAGCAGAGCUCUGAAAAUCCCCACCUCUAAGAUUUACAUCAGCGAGACAAGCACUAAUACCGUGCCCAACACCUCUCCCACAGCCGCCUCAGUCAGCACUGACCUCAACGGACAGGCCGUCUACGAAGCGUGUCAGACCAUCCUGAAAAGGCUGGAGCCCUUCAAGAGAAAGAAUCCUAGUGGCUCCUGGGAAGACUGGGUCAUAGCUGCUUACAAGGAUGCAGUGAGCUUGUCUGCUACUGGGUUUUAUAAAGCACCCGAUGUUGGCUACAGCUUUGAGACAAACUCAGGGAAUCCCUUCAACUACUUCUCGUAUGGGGUGGCUUGCUCUGAAGUGGAAAUUGACUGCUUAACAGGGGAUCAUAAGAAUCUCCGCACAGACAUCGUCAUGGAUGUUGGCUCCAGUCUGAACCCCGCCAUCGAUAUUGGACAGGUAAGCUCGUGGGGGACCAGNGUGGUGAUGGACUUGGCCACUGGUGUGCCCCAUCCCCUCCUAAGGUCACCAGCCACAGCAUCUUGUGCAAUGUCAUUUUUAAGCAGAUCUGAACAUGGUACCAAGUGAGUCUCCCUGAGAGUG